UGCACGGCCCGGCCGGGUGGCACGGCCCCGGGGCGGCUCCCGCGGCGGGUCCCCGAGGGGACUGGGCGGGGCCGGGGGCGAGUGUCCGGCCCCGCCCCGGCCCCGCCCCGCUCCGGAGCCGCCCGGGACGCAGGGAGGAGGGCGGCUGGGCCGGAGCUGCCCGCGGCGCCGCGCUCCUGCACGCUCCGGACCCGCCUCCGCAGGUGCCAUGACUCAACCGCCCCAGGAGGGCUUCGACAGGAGCGUGGAGGAAGCCCGGCAGUGGAUGAAGGCUGUGCAGGAGCGGCUGCAGGUCAACGACAACACCCAAGGGCCCCGGGCGGCCCUGGAGGCCAGGCUGCGGGAGACCGAGAAAAUAUGCCAGCUGGAGCCGGAGGGGCGCGUGAAGGUGGACGUCGUGCUGCGGGCGGCGGAGGGCCUCCUGGCGUGUUGCCGUGGUGGCCAGAAGCCCGAGAUCCUGGCCCAGCUGAAGGACAUCAAAGCCCAGUGGGAGGAGACGGUCACCUACAUGACCCACUGUCACAGCCGCAUCGAGUGGGUGUGGCUGCACUGGAGCGAGUACCUGCUGGCUCGAGAUGAGUUCUACCGCUGGUUCCAGAAGAUGAUGGUGGUCCUGGAGCUGCCCGUGGAGCUGCAGCUGGGCCUGAAGGAGAAGCAGUGGCAGCUGAGCCACGCCCAGGUCCUGCUGCACAACGUGGGCAACCAGGCCGUGCUCCUCGACCGGCUGCUGGAGGAGGCGGCCUCCCUGUUCAACAGGAUCGGGGACCCCAGUGUGGACGAAGAUGCCCAGAAGAGGAUGAAGGCCGAGUACGCCGCGGUGAAGGCCAAAGCCCAGGACAGAGUGGACCUGCUGGAGCAGGUGACCCGGGAGCACGAGCAUUUCCAGGCAGGCGUGGACGAGUUCCAGCUGUGGCUGAAGGCGGUGGUGGAGAAGGUGAGCAGCUGCCUGGGGCGGAACUGCAAACUGACCACCGAGGGCCAUCUCUGCGCGCUGCAGGACAUCGCUGGCGAUUUUCCCCGGGGUAAGGAGUCUUUGAGGAGGCUGGAGGAGCAGGCUGUGGGCGUCAUCCAGAACACCUCUCCUCUGGGCGCGGAGAAGAUCACCGAGGAGCUGGAGGAGAUGCAGAAAGUUCUGGACAAGCUGCGAGCCCUCUGGGAGGAGGAGGAGGAGCGGCUGCAGGGCCUGCUCAAGUCCAUGGGAGCCUGUGAGCAGCAGAGGCGGCAGCUAGAGGCCGAGCUGGGAGAGUUCAGGAAGGACCUUCAGAGGCUGGCCGAGGAGGGUCUGGAGCCCGCGGCGAAUGCGGGGACCGAGGACGAGCUGGUGGCCCGCUGGAGACUCUACUCGGCGACGCGGGCGGCCCUGGCCGCGGAGGAGCCCCGGGCGACCCGGCUGCAGGCCCAGCUGAAGGAGCUCAUCGUCUACCCCCAUGACCUGCAGCCGCUCUCCGACAGCGUGGUCGCUGCUCUCCAGGAGUACCAGAGCAUGAAGGGGCAGAGCGCCAGGCUGCGCAAUGCCACGGGGGCGGAGCUGUGGCAGCGUUUCCAGAGGCCUCUACAGGACCUGCAGCUGUGGACGGCCCUGGCCCAGAGCCUCCUGGACAUCACCGCCAGCCUGCCGGACCUGCCCUCCAUUCACACCUUCCUGCCCCAGGUCGAGGCGGCCCUGGCAGAAAGCUCGCGCUUGAAGGAGCAGCUCAUGAUGCUACAGCUGAAGAAAGACCUGCUGAGGAGCGUCUUCGGCCAGGACAAAGCCACGGCCCUCCUGGAGCAGGUGGCGAGCUCCGUGCGGGACAGAGACUUGCUGCACAACGGCCUCCUGCAGAGGAAAAGCAAGCUGCAGAGCCUGCUGGCUCAGCACCAGGAUUUUGGGGCCGCUUUCGAGCCCCUACGGAAGAAGCUGUCGGACCUCCAAGGCAGGGUCCGAGCUGAGAACGGGCUUCAGCAGGACUUUCCUAGGAAACAGACCCAGGUCUCCAGGUUGCAGGGGCUGCAGGAAGAGGGGCUGGACCUUGGGGCACAGAUGGAGGCCGUGAGGCCUCUCGUCCAGGGGAACCCCACCCACCAGCACAAAAUGGAGCAACUUUCUGCCGACUACCAGGCCCUGCAGAGGUCUCUGGAGGACCUCAUGGACAGGUGUCAGCAGAGCGUGCGGGAACAUUGCACCUUCAGCCACCAGCUGCUGGAGCUGAGACAGUGGAUCGCCGUGGUCACCCAGAAGCUGGAGUCAUACCAGGAGGAGGCGGGCCCGUGGGACGCCCAGUCCCGGGAGGUCGAAGUCGAGAGGCUGCUGGCUGAAUUCCCGGAGAAGGAGGCCCAGCUGCCCCUGGUCGAAGCCUAUGGCCGGCUGGUGAUGAAGAAGUCUUCUCCGGAAGGGGCUGCUCUGGUCCAGGAGGAGCUGGAGGAAUUGGUGGAGUCGUGGCAGGCUCUGAAGCUGCUAGAGGAAAGCCUGCUGAGCCUCAUCAGAAACCAGCAGCUGCAGAGGACGGAAGUGGACUCGGGGAAGAAAACGAUUUUCACCAACAACAUCCCGAAGACUGGGUUUCUCAUCGAUCCCGCGGAGCCUCUUUCCGGGCGUCACCGCCGGGCAAAUCUGCUCCGGGAAGAAGGCAGCCGGGAAGGUUACUCCCAGCUCCUGAGGGACUUUGAGCAGUGGUUGGAGGUGGAAAACGCCAAGCUGGUUAGCAUCAUCGCGAUGAGAAUGGCCGCAGCCAGGGAUCUGAGGGCCAGGGAAACGAAGCUACAGGAGCUGCAGGCUCGGGUUCCAGAAGGUCAGCGUCUCUUCGAGAACCUCCUUCAUGUCGGGCCAGCGAGGGGGUCCUCGGACGAGCUCGAGGACCUGCGUUACCGGUGGAUGCUGUACAAGUCCAAGCUCAAGGACUCCAGCCACCUGCUGACACAGAGUUCUCCAGGGGAGCCGACUGGAUUCCAAAAGGCUCCGCGGUGGCGAGGACUCGGGCCCCUCUUCCGGAAGGUGUGCUGUGUGGCUCUCCCCCUGCAGCUGCUGUUCCUGCUGUUCCUGCUGCUGCUGUUCCUGCUUCCGGUCGGGGAAGAGAACCGCAGCUGCACGCUGGCCAACAACUUCGCCCGCUCCUUCAAGUUCAUGCUGCGCUACGAUGGCCCCCCGCCCACCUAACCCGCCGGGCCACGCAGGCUUCCCAGCCCGGCUGUGACAUGUUUAAUUGGAGAGAUUCAUCAUCUUUCGUGGAAACCCCUUGGUGAGACGCUAUUCAGCUACUUGGCCUUGGCCUUUCCUGUCACCGUCUGGCCGGCUCUGGCUCCCAACCGCUCCUGCGGUGACCUUUCGCCACCCUGCUUCCCUCGAUUACGCUUCAAGGGGAGCGCCCCCGGCCCGCUCCGGGUUUCCGCCGUGGGGAUCCUGGAUUGCCGUCGCCUUUGGCGUGCGUCCUGGUCGGUCCCUGCUUCCAGCUCCUCCUUGGUCUUCGCCGUGGCCUUCUGCUAAUUUCUAACAGGAGGCCUCUGCUACCAACGGACAGCAAGGGAAAUUGCUCCAAAUUGUCCCGCGACAGUCUCUCUCCAUCGCGAGUGUGGGUUUCCCGUCCUUGACCAUGUGCAAAUAAUUGAGGCCCUUUUGCUUUGGAAUAAGGUGAUGGCAUGACAAAAAAAGAAAAGUUAAAAAAAGAAAAGAAAAAAGCAAGCUCCUUGCGAUUGGGCGUCCUGGAUCACAUCCUGGAACGGUAAAGGGACAUUAGUGGAAAACUCAGUGGAACGCAAAUGAAGUCUGUGGUUUCCUGAAUAAUGUCACGCCGGUGUUCGUGUCGUGGUUUUGACGAGAGUCCCACGGUUCCGUGAGCGGUUCGCGUCAGAGGAGACCCGGCGACGGGAACUUGGUGCUAUUUUGGCACCUUCUCUAAAAUCAUCCCAAGGAAAAAUUUUAUUUAUGUAUUUAUUUUAAGUAGAGACUUUUAUGGCCCUGGGGAAAAAGGGAGAGUUCUCUCUCGCCUCUAAAUUACUCCCUUAAAAACGGGCUUGGAUCUGUCCUGGGAACAGGCUUGGAGUCAGCCCCAUCCACGUUUGCCUCCCAGUCACCGCGUCUCCAAGGUAGCAACCUUGGGAAAGUUCUCCAGUCUUCUUGAAUGAUACUUACCACAAAGGGAUAUGGUCGGGAGCGAAAGCACGUCCGGAAGACACGUCUUGUUUCAGCCCUCUGAACGUGGGGUUUGUAGACCACGUAGGCCGACCCCAAAGUACGGCCUUGCAACUGUGCCAGGGCUCUGCGGCGUCCCCUACGCGCUUCGCAAGUGUCCCGGGGAUCCUCGUUGAGCGGGGGGCUUCUGGAAUCAGCCAGGGGUCAGUUGCAGACAACGGAACCCACUCUAGCCCGUUUAAGGAGAGAAAGACGAAUGACAGGGUGUUGGGGGGCUCACAAAAUUGCUGGCAGGGUUGAAGGAGUCGACCUCUAGUCUGAGAUUCCAGAAAUAAGCCCAGCCUGAGCACCACUCUGGCCUCUUCCCUGGUGGAGACAAGAGGCAGCCACCACUUUAAGAAGCCGCCAAGCCAGGAAGCCGCCGCGGUUGCCUGAAGACUCUUGUCGUCUCCCCCGGUCACCCGCAGCAGCCACCCAGGUGCCCCGCGUCAGGCCGUCUCACGGGCCUCCCUUCCACACCGCGUAUCGCGACCCGAGAACCUGAGCCGGCAAAGCCUAGGUCACAUCCAGGGCCCGGCAGCAAAGGAGUCUAGAAAUGUCGUUUUAGCUUUACCCUCUCUGCAUCACAGGAGGGCGUCUUGCAAGGGGUUUACUGGGUGAUGAACCGAGCACCCCACAGUCCACGCCUUUGGAUGCUUAAUAUUCACGCGCACCCCUGUUUCCCCAUCUAAACCUCCAAAUGAAAACAGCAGCAGAAACACUCAGCUCCCACGCUGUGCAAUGCGCCUCCCGUUCGUACAAACAGGUGCACGCUUAGCGACACGUCCUACUAGUCAGUGUAUCCAUUUCCGUGCUCCGUGAGUUUCCCUCGGGUUCAUUCGCAGUCUUAACUUGAUAGCCUGAAGUCUGUGAACGAAAAGCACACGGUUAACGACCCAGUCCCCGCCACCACGCCCACGUUGUCCAUGAACAGGCACCGGAGUGGCUGGAAAGAGGCCGUGUGAUUGCCCAGCUGACUCUCAGGAGCCUCCUUUGUAUAGAUGGGCUUUUGGUGAGCAGAGAGCCCCACGUAGCCUGGCACCCGAGAUCUACUCCAAGAGGACUACCCACAAACCUCUCCUUCAAACUUCCUUGUCAUCCGUCCCUAACCUUGAACUUCUCAAGCCCUUGACCAUCCUUAAGUCAAGAAUAUUUCUGAGCUCCUACUGUAUGUCAGGCACGAACAAAAUGGUGAAGGAGAGCAAACCCAGGCUCCUGCCUUCAUGGAGCCUCCUUCCUGGAGCUGGUCUCCGCCCACCAGUCCACGUAGAUCUGUACUCCCAGUCACUUCUGUUAUCGGGCAAAAUGGAUUACCAAUGGACAGCUCAAAGCUGGCCCCUGGGGGGACUUCCCUUCCCCUUGCCUUUCAUCACCGGCCUUCAGGAGGACUUCGAUCCCAUAGCACUGAACUUCUGGCUGGUUCUGUCAUAUCAUCCAAGGCCAGGUGGAAACUCAGGCUCAGAGUCUUUACCUCUAAGACAAGGGUCAUGGAGCCUCAGGGUGAGGCCAUGGGGCAGGCAGAGGGGUUGGGGACUGUGCAGCAGGUGUGGGUGACCUGGAGUGUGAAUCACCGGGUGACCAAAUGAGAGAACUGGCAAAGACUUCAGGCCUGGACACUCAGCCAGAACUGGACACGGCACUGGGAUCAGGCUGUGUGGGGUUCCCACCCAUGGAAAGGCUGCACAGGCAGAUGGUGAGGUCCUCUUGGCCGCCAUGACUCCCGACCACUUGAGCACUGCCCUGGCCAUGGACUUCUCUCCAUCCACCCCUCCUGGUGCUGCUGGGAGACCCUUCUCUGACAACAUCUGGGCCUCUGACAUGCCCCUGCCCCGCCAAAGCCAAUUUGUGACCAUUGGUUUGCUCCUUCUCCCCCUCCAUCGCUCUUUCUUUGAUAUCUGCUCCGUUCUCUCAUUCCCUGGCCUUGACUCUCUUGAGUCUCUCCAGUUUCUGGUUCCAUCACUUGAGAGCUGUUUUGAUGUUUCCAUCGUCUAGGACUGGGCUGGCCUGUAGGUCAAAUCCAGCUGCGACCUGCUUUUGUGUAGCCCAAGAUGACCAACAGGAUUUAAAAAUUUUUGAAAAUGGUUCCAUGUUUGAGUGGUCACGUAUUGGGGGCGCCUGGGUCGCUCAGUCGGUUAAGCAUCCGACUUCGGCUCAGGUCAUGAUCUCGCGGUCUGUGAGUUCGAGCCCCGCGUCGGGCUCUGUGCUGUGAGCUCAGAGCCUGGAGCCUGCUUCUUUGGAUUCUGUGUCACCCUCCCUCUUGGCCCCUCCCCUGUUCACGCUCUGUCUCUCUCAAAAGUAAAUACACUUAAAAAUUUUUUUUUGAAAAAACGAUCACAUAUUAGGUGGUCACAUAAGUACGUACAUUACCUCUUCAGUUUUGCCUCUUAGCCUAUAAAGGCCUAAACCAUUUCCUACCGGGCCCUUUCGAGAAGCAUUUGUCAGACCCUGCUCAGGGCUGUCGCCUGCACAACUUCCGGCCCAGCCACCCCUUGUAUCCAAGCUGUUCGCCCCUGGAUCCCAGCCAGGUCCUUCUGGAAGACCAGCUCCCUGCAGGCGGGCCCUGACCCCCCUGAAGGGGGCCCAGGCAGAAAGAACAUCGGACUGGGUGUCAGGAGAAAUUGCUUCCAGUCCCAGCAGUGGCCACCAGCUCCCUCUGUGUCUCUAGGUAACUCGAGGGCCCCCUCUGCCUCUGAGCCCCUUGCUGCCAAGCGGGGGAUGAGCCGUGAAGCACACUGCAAAGCUCCCAGAGCCGUGCCAAUCCUCCUGAGACUGUCAUCCAUGUGACCACCAGGGACACACCGAGAGAGGGGCACACAGGCGGAGCUGAGGACUCAGGGUGCCUGUGGUUAAUCCUUCAUGCUGGGGCCUCCCGUGAUGAGCCCUGCAGGUGCACGUGCACACGCACACAGAGGUGCACCCCACCCACCACAGGUGCGCGCGCCUGCUUGCAACACACACUGCACACACGUGCCCACGCGCGUGCCCACGUCUAACACGCGUCACGUGCACAGACACACCUGCGCCCCACACGCACUCUGUGCAGACACACAUCGCAAACGGACACACACGGCCCUCCGUCCCGCCUUUGUGGCUGAGAGCCCCACCAGAGCUCAGGGGCGCAUCCCUGGGGGUUCCCUCCUAGACGCUUGGCCUGACGAAGUCUCCUCGGGAACCAGAAAAUUAAAUUCGGGGUCAUUUCUCUGUGCCGGAUAUCGGGCAUAAUUUGAGGAUUACCGUGGGCAAGGAAAAGAGAACGGACAUUUCUCUCUCCCUCUCUCUUUCUUUCUUUCUUUCUUUUUUUUUUUUUUUAACUGAGCUUGAAAAGAAAAAGGCUGUUGUGUGGGGUAAUGAGCCUUUUGGUGGGUGAGGUCAGGAGGAGGUGGGGCCCGGAGCAAAUCAGAGCCAGCAUCUGAAGACGCAGCAAGUCUUGCCUUUUGGGGUCAGGGAAGGGGGUCAGUCAUGCGGGGGCUAUAAAGAAAGAGAUUGCAUUUAAUUGAAGAAACAUCUUCUUACAAUCAUGUUUUGGCUGAAGGGCAUGGCCGACCCUGACCAAAGGCCCAGGGGGCCGAACACAAAACGUGUAUAGUUUUGUGGGGAUGCCAGAACACCUCCCACAAGCAACAUGUAUCAAAACCCGAGUUUAUGCAGGAGUUGGGGGGGAGCCAGGGAGGGAGCCAUUUGUUUUAUGAGUAAUGCAUUCGAGGCGUAACACCCUGAUAACGCAAUAUUCACAGUUUGCUAGGUACUCCCACUGACAUUAUUUCCUUUGGUUCUCACAAUAGAUGUCAAAGGCAUUAUUGUAUCUAACCCCCAAGACUAUGUCUUGGGUACGGAAGAAAGAAAGAAGAAAGGCCUCAAGGUGUAGAAUACAGCAGGGCUGGAGAAUGUUGAACCAAAUGACUCAGUCCAGAGGUACCGGAUAGGUUCACCUGGAUGACUGCCCCAAAGCACUGGGUUGAGGACCCUGAGGCUUGAAUAAGCAAAGAGCUCCAAGAUCCCUGGGUGACCACCAUGGCCGUGGUGGUGGUGGUGGUGGUGGGGGGGGUGCAUAUUUGGAUUCCUUCCCUUUACCUUAUUUGUCUCGUAAAGGGAGAGGAUUGCUCUCGAGCUGGGUUUACGAAUUCCCAUGCUCACAGAACCCAGGUAGGAAACACAAAUGAGAGACUUGGUCACUUGCGAAAACAUUGCGGAAAAAGGUUUAGGGGCCCUGUCAGUCGUUGCCAGGUGGGUGUGGGCGCUCUGGGUCAUACGUCUGACAGUUCUUAGAUCACACAAGAUUUCAGAUUUUAAUGUUGAGAGAAAGUCUUUUACGUGGCAACUAAUUUGAAUAAUUAAAAAAUACCUGUGCCGUGUGUGUGUGUGUGUGUGUGUGUGUGUGUCUUUAGGCUGGAUGUGACCCAAAGGAUUGCUUCACAUCCUUUAGUCUAAAUAAUCCCCCAAGUUCCUUUUGGUUCAAAAUUUCUGAAUUCUGGGGCACCUGGGUGGCUCAGUGAGUUAAGCAUCCAACUCUUGAUUUCGGCUCAGGUCGUGAUCUCAUGGUUUGUGAGAUCGAGCCCCAUGUCAGGCUCUGUGCUGACAGCGCAGAGCCUGCUUGGGAUUCUCUCUUGCUCCCUUUCUCUGCUCUCUCUCAAUAAAUACACUAAAAAAAAAAAAUCUAAAUUCUGUGUGGGAUGCAGACCCAGACACCAUGCUCACGUGAUAUGUUUCUCAGUAGAGCCAUCGUUCAAACCCUGGGCACUCACCCACCUGGCCUGAGAGCAGUGUGAGUACCUACGACGUGCCAUCACCAGACUUUUAUACACAUUGUCUCACUCAAGCUUCACAGGGACUUCCAGCUGGCUCUUCUCGUUUUUCAUGCCGCUGAAGACACAGGCUCAGAGAGGUUACAGACUUGCCCAAGGUUGCACAGCACAAAACCCAAUCAAAAUGUACUCCUUGGUGAUUUUGCAAGCUUUCGGGUUUUGAGGGUGGAAAUUCCAUGACAUAAUCAGCACUGGAGGAAAAAGAUUCUCUGAACGCUGAUAACUGCGUAAAGCCGAUGAGGACUUACACCCGAUGUAGCAUCUAGAUCCCCUGUGGCAUGCCCAGUGUUCAAAAGAUUGUCUUUGAUGGAUAACCCAGUAGGCGUUAUCAGGGUUGGGCCAGUUCUGAGGCCCCUGGGCAAGCAGUCCCUUGGCUGACUUCCAGCCCAUAAAUUGUCCUAAAGGGCCGCCAGGUUUUGGCUGUCGGUGGAAGACGGGAGAGAUGGAGAGGCCCUGAAAGGCAGUAUCUUUCCCAUCUGUUCCGCAUUACGAUGCUGUUAAAUAUUUCAUGCUCUCCAUUGUACCAACAAAUAAAAGCAGAACUAAUC